AUGGAGGAGCAAUGGAGGCUGUACGAAGCUUAUAAUGAGCUACACGGGUUAGCGCAGGAGCUGAAGACUCCAUUUGAUGCACCGGCGGUGUUAGUGGUGGGCCACCAGACCGAUGGAAAGAGUGCACUGGUGGAAGGUUUAAUGGGCUUUCAAUUCAACCAUGUCGGCGGUGGCACCAAGACUCGUCGCCCCAUUACCCUCCAUAUGAAGUAUGAUCCUGAAUGUGAAGUCCCUUCUUGCCAUCUUGUCUCUGAUGAUGAUCCAACUUUUGCCCAGGAGAAAUCUCUCCAUGAAAUUCAGGCAUACAUUGAAUCUGAAAAUAUGAGGUUGGAGAAGGAGUCGUUUCAAUUUUCAGCCAAGGAGAUAAUUAUAAGGGUAGAAUACAAGCAUUGCCCGAAUCUUACUAUUAUUGAUACUCCUGGACUUAUUGCUCCCGCACCGGGUCGGAAAAAUCAUGCAUUACAGAGUCAAGCUCGUGCUGUGGAGUCGCUUGUGAGAGCAAAAAUGCAGCAUAAAGAAUUCAUUAUAUUGUGUCUUGAAGAUUGUAGUGACUGGAGUAAUGCAACUACUCGGAGAGUAGUAAUGCAAAUUGAUCCUGAGCUCUCAAGGACCGUGGUUGUGUCUACAAAGCUUGACACUAGGAUACCCCAGUUUGCUCGCUCAUCUGAUGUUGAAGUGUUCCUUUCACCGCCUGCAUAUACACUUGAUGGCUUCAUAUUAGGGGAUUCUCCCUUCUUUACAUCCGUUCCUUCUGGAAGAGUUGGUUCUGGCCAUGACACAGUUUAUAGCUCAAAUGAUGAGUUUAAGCAGGCCAUAUCCUUGAGAGAGAUGGAAGACGUUGUAUCUUUGGAGGAAAAGUUGGGCCGUCCAUUAUCAGUGCGAGAAAGAAAUAGGAUAGGUGUUAGCAAAUUAAGGUCCUUUUUGGAAGAAAUGCUGCAGAAGAGGUAUAUGGAUAGUGUCCCGUUGAUCAUUCCACUUCUUGAAAAGGAGUAUCGCAUGGCAACAAGAAAGCUGAACGAAAUAAACAAAGAACUCAGCACUUUGGAUGAAGUAAAAUUGAAGGAGAAAGGGAGAAAAUUUCACGAUCUAUUCAUAACCAAGCUUUCAUUGUUGUUGAAAGGGACAGUUGUUGCUCCUCCAGAUAAAUUUGGCGAAACACUGCAAGAUGAGAGAAGUAGCGGAGGGGCAUUUGUUGGAACUGAUGGUCUUCAGUUCCCACUCAAGCUAAUACCUGACAACGAGACAAUUGAGAUUGUUGUGGACUGUAAGGCUAGAGAACUCUUGAGAAGGCGCUUGGUUGGAAGGAUGAGGGCAUUUGAUUCUCAAUCACUAAAUAGUCAGAGAAGAUGGAAAUCACAGGGCUACAUAUCGCUGAUUUCCUUGAUGGCUGUUCAAAGCAAAGGUUUGGCAAAUCUUGGGUCAAUAGGAUUGAGUGCAUGCAAAUCAUUCCUUACUCACCUUGCCUGUAGAUGGCAUGACUCUUACUACCACUCUUUGUUGGCUUUGGGAGUGAGAAACCAUAUUGUCUCAUGGACAUGUGCUGUGGUCUUGAAUGCAGGGAUGCGCCUUUAUGGGGGUGCACAAUAUCAUCGUGCAAUGGCAGAAUUCCGUUUUGUUGUUGGGGGAACCAAAUGCCCUCAAAUUACGCGUGAAGAAAUUGUGAAUGCAUGUGGAGUUGAAGAUAUUCAUGAUGGAACUAACUACUCUAGGACGGCUUGCGUAAUAGCUGUAGCGAAGGCUCGUGAUACAUUUGAACCUUUUCUUCAUCAGUUAGGUUGUAGGCUCUUGUACGUCUUGAAAAGAUUACUUCCAAUCUCAGUCUAUCUUCUUCAGAAAGAUGGUGAGUAUCUAAGUGGUCAUGAUGUAUUCCUCAAGCGUGUUGCUUCCGCCUUCAGCAACUUUGCAGAAUCUACAGAAAGGGCAUGCCGUGAAAAAUGUAUGGAGGAUCUAGAAAGCACCACACGUUAUGUAACAUGGUCUCUCCACAAUAAGAAUCGGGCUGGGCUACGCCAAUUCUUAGACUCCUUUGGUGGAGCGGAGCAGUCUGCUAUGGGAGGUAAUCCUAUAUCUUCUGGUCUGGAGUCAUCCAUGGGUUCAGCUGCCAACGAGAAGCAUGACAAUAAACCAAGGGCAGAUGUCAAGCUCAGUCAUUUGGCUUCAGGCAUUGACUCGAGCUCUGCAGUUCAGACAACAGAAACACGGUUUGCAGAUCUUCUAGACAACACCCUUUGGAAUCGUAGACUUGCCCCUUCUUCUGAAAGAAUUGUUUAUGCUCUAGUUCAACAGAUAUUCCAUGGCAUAAGAGAGUAUUUCUUAGCAUCUGCUGAAUUGAAGGUUUGCAUCCUCUCCAUUUACAGUUUGGCCGAAAUGUUCAAAUGUGGUUGA